UUCCCUUCAAUCCAUCCAAUAUUUUCCCCUCUCUUGUAAUUCAAAUAUGAACAGAGCCUGAGUAUAAAAAACAUUGUUGGAGUUGACAAUGUACUAAUUCACUAUGAGCCACAUUGUUUAUAUUAUAUUUAGUAGCUACUAGGAGACUUUUGGAAAUGUUCUCAAUUAAUAAAUAUACCCAUGAUACUUUAAUAGGGAAAGGAGAGCUCUUAAAUAUUUGAGGAGAAGUUAGGAGGCUCUUGUAGCGUAGUUUCUAUAGACAAUCUUACUCAAAAUAUAGGUAAAGAGCUUGAUUUUUUUUUGGGGGGGAACUUUCUGGAGAUGCACCUAAAAGUGGGGAGACGUUCUUUAUGUAUAUGGAUUAGGGAGGGAAUUAUUGAAAUUCCACUAGGCCUUGUAUAUAUAAUUUUAACAAUUCUCCUGGGGUCAGCCCCUGCCUGGUUCCGUCACUGCUUAGGGAUCCCAAAAUGAGGCUCAUAUGAGGCAUAAAGAUCAGCAAUAUUUUUCCUUUUUAUGUCUGCACUUUUGUUUCAUCUGGAGUCGUUUACAAAAAUUGUUGAAGGAAAUAAGAGAGAUUCUUUUCUCUGGGACCUCUGGAAAGGAUAAUACCAGAUAGAAGAUGUUGCAAGUUACAGACAAAUUGAGCAGCAGGGAUGUGAUAAGUAAUUGCCAAAUCUGUAAUCCAUGUUGAAAUUCAUUUACAAUGACUUGAAGAAUAGAGUCUCUAUAAUGUUAGAGAGCCUAAGUUUGCACAUGUUUAGUUUGAAAGAGUGCAGACCCAAGAUGGCAAGGUAAGCCAUCGCCCAUUAGUGAUGAGAAGGAAUUUGAGGCGGGGAGGCCCAUUAGUGAUGAGAAGGAAUUUGAGGCGGGGAGGCGGGGAGGGUUACAUGAGAAAUUUUAUCAAGUCAAUGGUAAGAAAAUAUCAGUUGACAGGACUUGAGGCUGACAGGUGCGGAACAAAAGUACAUAUGUAAGUUUCUGUUGUAGACUCUAUUUGGCUCUCUCAUGGAAGGGGAAGACAUGGCAAGUCAACAUUAGAAUUUAGACCUCCUUCUCUAGUUUGUUCAGUGGCCAUAUAUAGUAGCAGACCAGCAGCAAUGUGUGUGUCUGUCUUCUUUUAGUUUUGCUUUCCUAUGCAUUCUGGAUUCAGCUCUUUCGAAAUUUGUAGAUUUUAUUACAAGCCGUCUGAGAGCUUUUGGAUGGAUUUUCAUGCUCGAUGGGUCAGGAUUGAGGACAAGUUUUUUGUUGUUGUUACAUAUGAAUUUUUACAAACUCGAAUAACUCACAAAUAAUUUGAUUCGCCACUAUUACUUUCUAACGCCUGCCGAGGGAGUAGUUUCACAGUGGCUAAUAACCAAAGAAAUUUAUGUUCUUUCAUCGCUUCAAUUCUCCCACACGAAAACGCAUCGAAUUUCAGUGCAUUUUUCAGCGAGCCGGUUUACUUCUUCCGUCUCAUUCAAUUCUAUACCGUAUUUUUAACACUAUUUUUAAAAAAAUAAAAUUAAAACACUGAAUUUUUAGAAAAACACUGAAUUUUUGUUUUGAAGAAUAUUUUUAAAAAUAAUUCGUAAAACUAUAUCUUAUAAGAGCUUUAAACUCCGUGUUGAGCCCUCAUCUGACAUAUAAUAGUUUGUGAAUUUAAUUAAGCAAUAAACAAUAAUUGUAUAUGCAUGUUAUGUUAAAUCAUAAACGCAGACAACUCUGAGACUUGAUGCUACCCUAAACGGAACACGUCCAAUGAUACACAAAUGUCCACUUUUAAACAAUGUUGUUAGCCUUUGACAUUCCUUAAUAAACUAUGUAGUGUAAAGAUAUUCCCCUAUUAAGUAUUCAGAUAUUCAGAGCUGGGAGGUGUAAACUCUAAUUAAGUAAUGAAGUUCAUUGCAUGCUUAUCUACAUUCAUCUAUCCAACAGAUUAAAUAUUCCCAGAUUAAAUUCUAUUUGCAUGAGGAUUUAUGCUUAGAUUCACAGAAUUUUGUACUGUCGAAUUUCGUUCUCAGACAUUGAAAUUACACUGAUAGGAAACCUCUGAAGUCAUGUUUUUAUGUCUAAGCUUGCUGCUAUAACCAUUGUAAUCAUGAAUGUACCAUAGUCCACAUAAAUUUUGUUAGCAGAGGCCAAUAUGAGCCAUGAAGGACCUUGAUGUGUGAAUAAUACCGGAUCUAGAGCGUGUUUGCUUGGCUUAUAUGACUGGGAUUUACACCAUUUUCGGCUUAAAGUCAUAUAAGCCAUUCUAGACAUAUAAGCACUUCUGCUUCUUUUGCCAAACAGUAUGCAAGAAGCAGAAGCAACUUAAAGUGCUAAAAAAAGCUAUAAGAUGGUUUGCCAAACAGGCCCACAAUGGAAUCUUUAGGCACAAAUUUAAAGGACAAACUCUGAAAUCCCCAGUUCGUUUUGAUGCAUAACAAAAAUAUUGGAACUGAAACUAUAUAAAUUUACUGUCUAGAACUAGAAUUGUCUGCCUCAGGACUCAGGACUCAGGGUAUGUCUACAAGGACUCAGGUUGAAUCAGUAUGAGCCGGAUGUACAAUAGCAGCUUUAAAGAUUUUAUGGCUUCGUAAGUUAUUUUACAUCUGAUCAAGUACAAAUUCAUAUUUGUGUUGAGAUAAUCUACAUGCUUGAUUCCAGGAGAAUGCACUGAGGCCAGCAAUUUCCCAGAUGGAAUGAAAGUAGACCUUAUUAUUGAUUCAAUGAUUGAAAAACUAGUUGUUAUUCUAACUCAAUCAUAUUAUUCCAUACUACAUUAAUGUGAUACAUUUUCUUGUAUAUAAUGGAAGCAUCUCUGCAAUAAAAACUCAAAUAGUCAAAGUUGAUGUUUGCAUGGGAUGCCUAUAUAAGCAGUUUGAAUCAGGUCAUUCAAACACAUCAACAUUUUUCAAGUAAAGAGAGUUCAGUGAUAAAGAGUUCAAAAUGAGGUCAAGUUUCAUGUUUUUGCUUCUUGCUCUUGUACUGGUCAAUACUGUUAUGGUUUGCAAUGGGAAAAAGCUGCUGAAAAUGAAGUACUAUCGCAGAACUUGCAGUUCAGUUGAAUCGAUUGUGAGGGAUAUUACAUGGAGAAAAGUUGCAGAAAACGCGAGUUUUGCACCAAAGCUGUUGAGGCUUCAUUACCAUGAUUGCUUUGUCAGGGGUUGUGAUGCAUCAAUAUUGUUGGAUUCAACUGAUGAUCAGAAUAAAGAUAAUGAGAAGGCUGCAGGACCAAACAGAUCUUUGUCAGGGUAUGAAUUUAUUGACGAAAUAAAGGCGAAACUUGAAGAAGAGUGCCCUGGAGUUGUGUCAUGUGCUGAUAUUCUUGCAUUAGCUGCUCGCGAUGCUGUCUCUUAUCAAUUCCAGAGACCAAUGUGGAAAGUUUUCACUGGGAGGAAAGACGGAAGAGUUUCACUCGCCUCUGAAGCUUCAGCAAACAUGCCAUCAGCAUCUUCUAAUUUAACCACUCUUCUUGCCAAAUUUCAACCUCAUGGCCUCGACAUGAUGGACCUUGUAACGCUUUCAGGAGCACAUUCAAUAGGAACCACGCGAUGUGUUUUGCUAUCCAGACGACUGUACAAUUUCACAGGACGCGGUGAUACUGAUCCUUCACUGGAUCCAGAAUACGCAGAAACCUUAAAAAAAAUCUGCCCGAUUCCUCUAAAUCCAGCAACACGUGUAGAAAUGGAUCCUCAAAGCUCAGGCUCAUUUGAUAGUCAUUAUUUCCAAGCUGUGAACCAACACAAAGGCAUGUUUGUAUCUGACGCAGCAUUACUCACUGACCAGCAAUCAGCACAGAUGGCUCAAGUUUUAGAGAACCCUGUCGUAUUCAUUGCCAGGUUUGCUCACUCAAUGAAGAAAAUGAAUGAAAUAAUUACACUGGCAUAUGGUGAAGGAGAGGUGAGGAAGAAUUGCCGAGUUGUUAAUUAAUGCAAGUGAUAAUUAGUUGUUUCUUGCAAGUGUAAUCCAUUUUUUCUUGUUUAAAAAUUUGUUAUGUUCUUGUGCACAACAUGUAUAGUGUAGAAGAUCUGGCAACCUGCCUGUCAACAGAUCUUGAGUUGCAUUUCCUGGCCUUCAAGCAAAAAUAUUUAUUAUUGACUCACACUAUAAAUGAACUCAAUAUUAAUUUCCACAUAACAA